UUGGGAGCUAAGGACGCACUGCGCGGCUGCAAACUGUGUGACGUCGUCUCUCGCAAUUUUGGGAGGUUUGGGGAAAGCCUUCGGAGGACUACUUCUCGAGACAGGAGUACUACAAUAAAUGCCGUAAUUUCCAUACGUUGGUUUUGAAGACGUCUUCUGUUAUAAUGGGUAAUGGGCUCAAUAAGGUCCUGCCUGACUUAUACUUAGGAAAUUUUAAAGAUGCGAGAGACAGAGAGCAGUUAGCCAGGAACAACAUCACUCACAUUCUCUCCAUCCAUGAUAGUGCAGCCCCUAUCCUGCCGGAGAUGACCUAUCUAUGCAUUUCAGCGGCGGACCUGCCCACCCAGAACCUGAUGCAGCAUUUCAAACAGAGCAUCAUGUUCAUGCACGAGUCAAGGCUGAAAGGAGAGGGAUGUCUGGUCCACUGUCUGGCUGGGGUGUCUCGGAGUGUCACGUUGGUGGUGGCCUACGUCAUGACAGUAACAGGCCUGGGCUGGAAGGAGACUCUGGCUGCUGUGAGGGCGGCUCGGCCCUGCGCCAGCCCCAACCUGGGCUUUCAGCGCCAGCUAGAAGAAUUUGAAACCAACCACGCUGACCAGUACAGGGAGUGGCUUCGGCAGGAGUACAAAGAGAAUCCUUUCAAUGACCGGGAUGAUAUCCGCAUCCUGUUGGCCACCAGUCUCAGACCUAAUGGGGUCGAUGUGGAAGUGAAUGUUGAACCACCCAGCCCUCCAGCAGUACCGGGCACCUGAGAUCCCCGUAUCCAGGUCUAAAGGCUUGCACUGUGGCCACUAUGGCCCUGAGAAGGGGGAGGACAUUCCUCUUUGACAGUACACUGUUGGACCAGUCUCUCUUUCUGUUGUUUGUCCUCUUUUGAAGAAGACUGGGGGAGGAGGGGCCAAUGGACGCACCAAUUUAAGAAUGUUUAAGAACACAACUGGUUUUAUUACCCCUAAUUUAUGUAUGCCUUGUUCAGUAUUUGUACUUGUUUUUCUAAACCUUGUAAAUGUAUACUACUGUUAUGAUGCAUUGUUUCCACGUCAGUGUUUUUGUGUAUUAAUAAAAUGAUUACAGUAAUUGUGAAACGAAA